AUGGUGCUGCCACCUGCAGCAGGCCUGACUGUGCCUGAGGUCGCCAAGGUGGUCGGCUACGACAAGGAGGUGGCCACAUUCAACGUGGGCAGCCAGGGAGAGGGGCCCAAGUGGAACCUGCUGCAGUGGCUGCAGUACUGGUGCACGCGGCAGGGCUCCCAGGAGCGCAAGAUUUGCGAGCGCAGAAAUUCUGUCACCUCUCUCGAUGACGAGGCUGACAGCCGCGAUGCCAAGCGCAGGGAGUGGGAAGCGAAGGCGAGGAACAUCAAGGUGGGAGCGUGGGUGCAGCGGGGCAUCAGCGCAGAGUCUCGAAGGCGCCUGUUCCAAGCCUCUUUCCCUGUGUCCGGUACCUCCCUGGAAGAUGCGGUGCUCUCGCCAAGGGCAGUGCGAGAGAGCGACUUGGUGCAGCGGUUCUGGCCGCCGCAUGCGACGGAAGAGGUGCAGCAGCAGAGGCCGCACAUCGCCCUGCAGCUGUCCGUGGCACCUUCCGGCAGCUUCCGCAACUUCCGGCUCGGUCCUGGCGGCGCCAGCACCUGGGUGCAUGUCAUCUCCGGCAAAAAGGUGUUUGCACUGCUACCGCCAAGCCGUGACAACCUGGCGGCAUAUGUGAGCUGGUUCGGGGCUGCGCGUCAGGCUGGAGUGUUUCUGCCGGAGCAUGCGCAGGGCUGUGUGAAGGUGGAGGUGCCUGCUGGAGCCACUUUCUUCAUCCCUGGUGGGUGGAUGUUUGCGGAGGCAAUGCCGUCGGACUGCGUGGCAGUGGGCGGCCAAUUUCUGCAUGCUGGUGCAAUGACUACGCAGCUGCAGGUCGGCCUCAUUGAAGAGCACCUCGCACUGCGGCGCCAGCACCGCUUCCCACAAAACUAUCAGGUGUUGUGGUACACUGCGGCCCACUAUGCGCGACGUCUGGUGGAGCUCUGCCCGCUGGGCCCAGAAGAAGUGCGAGAGAGGGCAGCCCAGAAAUCGGGCGUCAGGCGGGCGGCCGAUGAAGCCGCCGUGGCCGAGCAGGCAACCAAAGCAGCAGCCAGUCGCGCAAUGUCGGCAGAUCGGAAGGCCAGGCAGCACAUAGCAGCCUUGGCGCGUCCAGCGGAGAAAGAGCAGCAGCCGGUACCCAGCGGGAGGAGGAAGCCGACUGCGGACGCAGGCGGCAGCCGCCGCGCUGCGAGACAGGCGCAGAAAGAUGUAGCGCCGCAGAAGCGGCAGCGGCGCGUCACCCAGAAGGUGCAGGAAGCCAUGGAUGACCCGGACCUGGACUUUGGCACUGCUCCAGAAAGCGGCGAUGAAGAUGCACCACCCGUGAGAACAAGGCGGCGGCAGUCUGGGAGGUUGCAGGAUGACUCAGGGCUCGGCAGCGAUGACACAUCAGAGGAGGCGAUGGAGGAGGAAGAGAGCAGCGACGAGGAGUUGCGAGCGAUGGCAAACAUCCGGCGGCGGCGGCAGCGACAGAUUGCUCCGGCGGCCGGGCCCAAGGUACGCCUCCGCACAGGCGCCGGGCCGGCCACGGCUGCGCAGCAGGCAACGCCGCCGAAGUUGCGCCUCAAGUACUCAGCUUCCGGCGCAGCUGCCGCACAGCCGACGCCCGCGGAGAGAGCCGGCAGGGGGCGCGCCAGGUGGCAGCUGGAGGAUGAUUCGGACGAUGACGUGGCAGCAGUGGAAGCUGUCGCGCAGCUGGCGCGGCAGCCGGCCCGAGCAACCUCGCUGAAGCUGAAGCUGAAGUUUGGGGAGGGAGGGAACAGCAUCCCACAGGUGGAUGGCGCAGACGACUCAGACGGGGAUGAGGCUCUGCAUGCUGAACCACCGAGAGCGGAGACGACUGAUCUGCAGGCUGCGGCAGAUGAGAGUGCGCAUCAGACAGUGCACGCCGAUGCGAGCGCCGCCGCGGUUGGCACCCAGGACACGGCUCCCCUGGAUGCGCAUUGCAGCGAUGUGAAAAAUGAAGCUCCUGAAGCUGGCGGUGUUGACGAGCCUGCUGAGGAUGCUGCCGCAGCACCCAGCCUGCAGCAAGGAGCAGACUCAGCGCCUGAAGGCCUGCUUAAAGAAGAGGCUAAAGCAGCAAAGCUGCAGCUCCAAGCUUCUGACAAAGCUGAAGGUCACCCUGACGUGCAAGCCGUUGGAGCAGAAUUGCAAGCUGGUGGCAUUGGCGUUGAGCCAAAGGAGACAGCCGCAGCUGGGCAGGCAUCACAAGUUCUGGAUCUGAUACUCACUGAGGGACCGGCUGCAGUGGAGGCACCUUCUGCUCCAGAGGCUGCCGCUGGUUCGGGGCCCCUCCCGGCCGCAGCAGCACCGUCUGCUGAUGCAGAGAAGCUGCCAGCUGAGCAGCCGCAGGGAGCGGAUAAUGCUAGCUUGCCGCAAAUGACUGCAACGGGACAAAACGGGCAUGCGGACCAUGGGAAUGAGGCCAAGCAGCGAGCGCCAAGGCCUCUGUCAGCGGAAGAGAAGGCGGGCGUCCCUGCCCUGGUGCAUGCCCUGAGGAGGUGGCUGCGAGAAUUGGGAGGCCACCCUUUCAGUCAGAUGGAAGACCCAGAGAGGAUGCUGGAUGAGCUGGAGGUGUGCCUGGCAGCCAUGGGAAUGCCUGUGGCCAGCGUGGCACCGCCGGUGGACUUUGACGAUCUACCCAGCGUGAAGCUGCCAGGCAGCUCCCUGGCACCUGCACAGGACCUGCCGGAGGAUUCUGCUGGCGAGGGGACUGGGCUGCAAGGGGCCAGCGAGGAUGAACCGCUGGAGGAGGAUCCCCAAGAAGAGCUGGGGGACUCCACCCUGGAAGCCCAGGCCAGAGGCAGCAAGCGCCAGAAGGGACCCAGUCUGGGUGGACGAGGCGGAGUCAGGAAGAAGCCAUCUGUGAGGGACCGCCUCACCAAGAAGCUGCGGAUCAGAUAG